AUGGCAUACCCACGAAAGUCUCUCGCGGACUGUUCGUUUGAGCUCUGCCGCAUCCAGCCUCCUGUCCGGGAGCUGAUGCACAAUGCACCUCCAGCUAUGUAUCUCGGGAUCAGAGGCAAUGUCACCAAUGAGGAAGUCGAGCAAGCGCUCCUGCGAUCCGGUGAAGCACGAGCACAGCUCGUGGCUCAAGAGCUGAUGCCAACAGUGUCAGCCGACGCCAAUGAAGACCCCAAUGAGAUUACACCAGCGAGGCUCCUAGCAAUGGGGAGUUGCUUCUACUGGGCCGACCCUCAAGGCAACCAGAUCUUCCCGACGAACCAUCCUCUUCUUCUUGCCGAACAAUUUGGACCUCGUCGUGCUGCUACUAAUCGCUCAACAGCACCAAUCAGAAACCGAAUGCAAGCAGCUCGCUCGCUCAGCCAAGGCUCGGCGAAGAAUGUCACCUUUCGCCUAGGGCACCCGAGUGGGCUACCAGCCCAAACUGUAGCACUCAAGGUCGAGCGACGCGCCAAUGCCCAGUCAGUCAGCGUGUGCUGCACAUAUGCACCACGCUUUCCGACGACGACUACGGUGCUGGGCCAAGUGCCUACGACCCUCCCCAGACUACCAUCAUGGGCUGAAAUCGAGAGGGGGUACAACCUCACACUCAACGUACGAGUCGUGAAUGGCGUUGACCACAAUGUUGAAGAGAGGGGUGCACUUGCAAGAUUCCAGGUAGCUUGGCUUGCAGGUCCCGUUCAUGUCGUUCGGAGCCUAGGCCUCGCAGACGAUGUGACUUUGACGCGCAUAGAGACGGAUUACCGCAUCCUACUCAACGCCGUCAAUGUGCCGGACUUGUUUGGACGGAGGGGACACAGGAUUGUCAUGACACCUGAUAAUCCAGGCUGGAAGCUUUCACUAGACCCCAUCGAAGCACUGAAGAGACAAGGGUACCCGAAUGUUUCUCACGCCACAGUCGACGAGAUCGCCGCCAGUUCUGCCCAUGAGGACCAGCUCGGCUUCGUCAUGACGCAAGCUCAACUUCAACUUGUUAUUGCUGGUAGGGGCGAAUGGCAGCCCAUCGAUCCCAUCGUCGUGAGGACGGCCCGCGACACUGGUCGAAGAUCGCUGCCCCUGACUCAUGGCCCUGGCCUCUCUCAUUUGACGCUGACGUAUUCACAUUGGGCCUCUCUCGGUCCGCCAGGAUGCCAAGUCUCUUUCAGCUUUCGUCGGGAGCCUGGCUGGGUCGCGUUCGGGCAGAUCACGAGAGAAGACGCGGACUCGGAUCGAGGCGCAGCGAUCUACCUGCGAGGCCAUAAUGGACAGGUCAAAACAGACUGGGUCCGCUACUUCAACCGGCGUACAGUCGAAGCCUGGCUGGUCUUUCAUCGCUUGGUGGAAGCUGCAUUUCGGAAGCUCGACGAGAAGGCGGCCUUCACUACGGCUCGAUCCGACUCGUCUGCGUCUGGUCCGGCCCCUUCCCUUGGCUCUCCUGGCUCUCACGGCCCUCUUGGCUCUCCUGGCUCUUCGACGUCUUCCUCUGUCUCGCCCGUACGUCGCUCACCUUCCGCCAGACCUGAGGAAGGUACCGGAAAAAGAGCAUUCGUGUCGAAGAACCAUGAGGCGUAUCUGCAGUCGAUCCUGGACGGCAGUUUCUCGGCGACGCUCAAGGCACACACGAAGGACUAA